CUGGGAGCUGUGGGCUCGGUGACGUCAUUCUCGAUGUGUUGGAAGCGGAUCCGCGCAGCGGAAGCUGUCGAGUGAGAUGUCGUGCCCAGAAGAGGUGGUUGCCUUGGCAGAUGAGGAGCUGCUCAGCUUCCUCCUGGCAGAUGAUGCUCCCUGUGCAGAGUUCUCAGAGAACGAAGCCAACCUGCUGGGAAACUGGGGUCUGCUGGAGCCCGAGCUCCUGAAUGACAAGGAGGUGGAGGACUUUCUCAGCUCCCUGCUGAGCCCCUUUGUAGAGGGGCCGAGUGCCUUGCAGGGUCACUCGCCUCUCGACAGCGAUAGCGGCAUCUCUGAGGACCAGAAUCCCUUCCCCAGCCCCAGCAGCUGGGAUGCGUCUCCGGCCAGGGACCUCACCUCCAGCCCUUUGAGCUCUAACAUCGUGCAGGUCGAACACAGCUACUCUUUCCAUCAGGACAGGGUGGCGCUGGAGAGCGUGAGAGCUGAGACAGCAGAAGGAGACAUCUCCAUUGACCCAGAUAUGUGGGGGAACUCGGUAAGUGCAGAGGAGACCCUGGUCGACGAGCAGAGUUCCAGCUUCCCAGUUGCUGUGCCCUUGGAUGACUUCAUGCUUGGGACCCCUAUACAGUUCGAUUUCCCGGAACUGAUCCUGACAGAAGAGGAGAAACAGCUUCUGGAGAGAGAGGGUGUCUCCUUGCCAUCCCACCUGCCCCUGACCAAGGCUGAGGAGCGGCUCCUGAAGAGAAUCCGUCGAAAGAUCCGGAACAAGCAGUCGGCACUGGACAGUCGGCGCAGGAAGAAGGUCUAUGUGGAUGGCUUGGAGAGCAGGGUCGUCACCUGCAUGGCGCAGAACCAUGAGCUGCAGAAGAAGGUGCAGCUGCUGCAGAAGGAGAAUAUAUCAUUGCUUGAGCAGCUACGGAGACUCCAGGCCAUGGUGAGACAGUCCUCGACCAAAACCACCACCGCCAGCACCUGCAUCAUGGUCCUGCUCCUGUCCUUCUGCCUCAUUCUCUCUCCCAGUCUCUAUCCGCUCGGAGCCAGAGUGCAGCAGGAGGGAUUCCGAGGAGGUGAGUGACUGGCUGCACGGGGGUGAGCGGGCAGG